AUGUUCGACGAAAUUCCUCAAAUCCAUGUGGAACUGUCAAUUCUGGGCAAGUUGGCUUUGGAUAGAUGCGGCAAAUGGAGCACAUGAAUAUGGCUAUUCGUCAAAUGCUAAGACGGUCUUUAUCAAGUGAAAAGAGAUUAGCAACUGAUGUACCGAAGGGCCAUUUCGCCGUUUACGUCGGUCAAAGUCAAAUGAAGCGUUUCGUUGUUCCAUUGUCCUUCUUGAACAACCCCUUGUUUCAAGAUUUGCUGAGCCGAGCGGAAGAAGAAUUUGGAUUCAAUCAUCCGAUGGGAGGCAUCACCAUACCGUGCAGUGAGGAUGCGUUCGUUGAUCUCGUCUCUCGCUUGAGCAGGACAUGAUCGAUUAGUUCGAUUUACGGACUUAAAUCUUUAGAGAGGGAGACAUUCUUUUAGGUAGUUUAAUUAAUUUAGAGAUAGACGACGGUUUGUCCGGUAAAAAUUGUACCGGUGAUAUUUUUUUCGAUUAUAUUUGAUUUGAGCCAUUUUCAGAUUGAAAAA